UUAACCUACACAUUUCUUAUCUGGAUCGAAUACAUAUUCAAAGGUUUUCGAACAACAACAAAAACUAUCCGGAUAAAUACCUAUACAUCUAUACGGAAGUGACCACGAUGUCUUCAAGUACUAGUCGAGCACAAAAAGAAAAAAUGGUGACCGAAUUUAGGUCUGUAACCAAUGCGAUACCAGCCGAUGCCAGUAGGAUAUGCAAAAAAUCUGGAUAUCGAUUAGAAGUAGCCUUCGAUUUAUUUUACAACGAUCAUCUCGCACAACAGAACGCGGAGCGCUCGAUGCAAUCCCGAUCAAAAGCCAUAGCAGAAGCCUUCGAAGGAGUCUUGAACGUCCAAUUCAAUGAAUUCCAAGAUCCGGAUGAGCCAGGAAGAAUGGACAUGAACGGCUUGAUGCGCUAUCUAGAAGAGUUAUCCUUGACGCCCGAAGAUCCGAAAGUGCUCUGUCUAUGUCAUCUGCUCCAUUCACCCCGUCUAGGCGUGCUCGAGCGGGCGGACUUCCUGAAGUAUUGGGCCGCACUCUUGGUCCAAGCCACCACCUCCCCCUCCCCCCCGCCUCCGAUCCAGACCGCCGACGAGAUGACCAAGUUCCAGAUCACGACUCUUGCCGAACUCGACCGUCGCUUGCGCUCCGAGCUCAGCUAUUUCGAGGAAGUUUAUCGGUAUACCUUUGAUUUCGGUAGGGACGAAGGCCAGAAAAGCUUGGCUCUCUCGACAGCCAUCCCAUUAUGGGAAUUGAUCCUGCCAUUAGCUCCUGGCCUGGACCCGAACGUCUUCAAACCCGAAUAUCUGCAAUGGUGGAUCGAGCUUCUUCGAUCGCGAAACAAGUCUGUCAGUCGAGACACUUGGAACCUUUUCCUUGAUUUUGUCGUCCAACUCGAAGACCGAUUCGCAAACUAUGAUGAACUAGCUGCCUGGCCUUCUUUGAUCGACGAUUAUGUCACCUUGGCUCGAGAGAAAUUGGGCAGUCAAGGAAUGGAUGUCUGCUAAAGGAAUUCAACAAACCCCUUUCACUUAUGAAGGCUUGCCUGGGAAAGAUGGACCGACUAUAUCGAGUCUAGUCAAGAAACUUCAAACGGCCCUGAUGAGACGCAUUCUCCUUGUGGCUCUGUAGUGAAUGAGAUAUCCUUCGCCUCCCUGAAAAAGCUUUGUCAAAGCUCAUCCGUGGCCUCGAAGUUCUUUGUAAGACCAAAACCUAAAACAGAGAGAUAGAGUGUAUUCGUGGGCGGUUUGUCUUGUUUCCACAUAGAUACAUGUAUCCCAUCUCACUAGCUGUCCUCUUCUACUUGCUGUUUAUGUUUUAUUUAUGCUCCUUUACAGAUACUUUUCAUUAUAAAUUCUUUCUCGAAUAUGCUCUAACUUGCUUACCCGUCAAGAGGUCGCCAGCAGUGAUGAUGAUGAUGAUGAUGGGCCUCUUUCAUAUCUUGAAAUUGGAAUUCUGUGUUGGCUUGUAUA